UUCCACAUUCUGUUUUAUCCUUUUUAUCUUUAUCAAUCUUUCUCAUAGAAAAAGCACCCCUUUUCAUAUCCCUUUCAACUUCUUCAUAUAGGGUAAAUUCGAUGGGUGGAAAAAGUUCAAAGAGGUCGGUUUCAAGUAGGUAUGCAUCACUUGGCCCAGCCUCAAAUUCAUAUGGUUAUCAGCAACAUUCUGUGAGCCAACCGUAUGCUUCCCUUUCUCCAUGUCAAAGCUACCCUGAUCAGGCUCCAGCCACUAAGAAAAAGCUCGAGAGUAAAUAUACAAGAAUUGAUGAUAAUUACGAAAACUUAAACCAGGUUACUGAUGCCCUAGCACGUGCGGGUUUGGAGUCGUCAAAUUUGAUUGUUGGUGUAGAUUUUACCAAAAGCAAUGAGUGGACAGGUGCAAGGUCAUUUAAUCGGCGGAGCUUGCAUCACAUUGGAAAUGAAAGGAACCCUUAUGAAGAGGCGAUCUCGAUAAUUGGGAGGACUCUAGCUUCCUUUGACGAGGAUAACUUAAUUCCUUGUUUUGGGUUCGGAGACGCUUCAACACAUGAUCAAGAAGUCUUUAGUUUCCUUCCGCAUGGCAAAUUUUGUGACGGAUUUGAGGAGGUUUUGACACGAUACAGGGAAUUAGUACCUCAACUACGGCUUGCAGGACCUACCUCGUUUGCCCCAGUUAUCGAAAUGGCCAUCACAAUUGUUGAGCAAAGUGGCGGUCAGUAUCACGUUUUAUUGAUAAUAGCCGAUGGGCAGGUCACCAGAAGCGUUGACACUGAACGUGGCCAGCUAAGUCAGCAGGAAAGGAAAACCGUUGAGGCAAUUGUGAAAGCCAGUGAGUAUCCACUGUCAAUUAUUCUAGUCGGGGUUGGAGAUGGACCGUGGGAUAUGAUGAGGGAAUUUGAUGAUAAUAUCCCUGCUCGAGCUUUUGAUAAUUUUCAGUUUGUGAACUUUACAGAGAUAAUGUCAAAGAACAUUGAUCGGUCUAGGAAGGAAGCAGAGUUUGCUCUUUCAGCAUUGAUGGAAAUACCCUCACAGUACAAAGCAACUUUAGAGCUUAAUAUUUUAGGGACUAGUAGAGGGAAAGGCAUAGAUCGGAUAUCUCUUCCUCCCCCUUCUUAUGGCUCGGCUUCACGUGCAUCAAAAGUGGGUUUUGAAUCAAAACCAUCACAAACUACUAGCUUUAACCCAUCUGCACCUGUGUUUCAAGCAAACUCAACUGCGACCAACACAAGUUACCCCGGAGGUUCCACUUCUGAUAACCAACUUUGCCCAAUCUGCAUAACAAACCCAAAGGAUAUGGCCUUUGGCUGUGGGCACCAGACAUGUUGUGAAUGUGGCAAAGAUCUCCAGCUGUGCCCUAUAUGUCGGGUUCAAGUAAAAACGAGGAUUAAGCUUUACUAAUCCCAAUAGGGCGUAAAUGCUAUUUAGAUGUUUUAGUUUGUAAAUAAGUUAUAUUCUGUCAUGAAUCUCGGAAAGCAACUUCCGAGUAAAGAUGAAACUUUGAGGUUUCUAUUGAAUUGCAUAAUUGUGUUCUUUCUUGCUCAAA